AAUACUUCCGUGAUCGUCGGAGCUGCGAGCGGGGCGGCGGUAGCCGCGGUGAGGGGCGGCGUCGGCACUGCGGCUUUUCCGGGAGCUGUUCCAGUCAUGUCAGAUGAGGAUGCUACAGAGACCCCAGCGGUAACCGAAGCGGUCCCAGCGGUAACUGAAGCGGCCCCGAUCCUCAAAGAUGGCAACUGUGAGCCGGCUGAGAAGCCAGAGAAUAAAUCUCAGCCUGUGCCGUCCACUCGGAAAAGACCAGAGACCAAUCCUUCCAGUGACCUUGAGGCUUCCAAGCUUCCUGCUCAGGAGACUGUUUCUAAAGAUGCACCCCAGACCGGAUGGGGUUAUUGGGGUAGCUGGGGCAAGUCCCUGCUCUCCUCAGCCUCAGCGACAGUAGCGACAGUAGGUCAAGGUAUUUCAAAUGUCAUCGAGAAGGCAGAGACCUCGCUUGGAAUUCCUAGCCCCACUGAAAUUUCAGCUGAAGUCAAGCAAGCAGCAGGAGAAACAAAUGCCAGUGAGAACGAAAGCUUCCCAGUGCCCGGGCCUUUCGGGAUGCUCACGACCAUCUCAACAGCUGUGCAGAGCACGGGCAAGAGCGUUAUCAGCGGGGGCUUGGAUGCCUUGGAAUUCAUUGGGAAGAAGACAAUGGAUGUCAUAGCAGAAGGGGAUCCUGGAUUUAAAAGAACCAAGGGCUUGAUGAACCGGAAUUCUACACUGUCACAGGUCUUACGAGAGGUGAAGGACAAAGAAGAGCAGCAGCCUUCCAAUGAGGUAACCAUGGAAACAGACAAGAAAACUCACUAUGGGCUACUCUUUGAUGAGUUUCAAGGCCUUUCACAUCUAGAAGCUCUGGAGAUGCUUUCCCGAGAAAGUGAAAUAAAGGUGAAAUCUAUCCUUAGUUCUCUGAGUGGAGAAGAAUUACAGACCACAAGACUUGAGCUAGAGCAGCUCAAAGAAGCGUUUUCCCUAGCAGAGUUCUGUGAGGAAGAGGAGGAGGAAAGACAAGGGGAUGAAGAUUUUACCAAGGAGAUAACAGAACUAUUUGCUCAGCUUCAUGUCUCUUCCAGACCAGAGAAACUUGCCAGGGCAAGAAAUACAGCAUACGAAUGGAUCAGGACAUCUCUGGCUAACCCAGUAGCAGAGAAAGAAGAAGGGGAAAAUCAGGUGGAGACAGAAAAUACUGAGGAAGCCAAACAAACUUCAAUAGAGGAUAUCCACGCGUUUGCAAUCCGGAGUUUAGCAGAAUUGACUGCCUGCUCCAUCGAACUGUUCCACAAAACAGCGGCCUUGGUUCUGCAUGGCCAGAAGCAGGAGGUGACAGCCUUGGAGAGGAGCCAGACACUCUCCCAGGUGACAGUCGUGCUGUGUAAAGACCUGGGCUCUCUGUCUAAAGAGUUCACCACCUGCCUCACCACUGCUGGGGUCAGAGAAAAGGCAGACGUUCUUAAUCCAUUAAUCACCGCAGUGUUUCUGGAGGCCUCAAACAGUGCCUCCUACAUUCAAGAUGCCUUCCAGCUUCUCCUGCCUGUGCUGCAGAUCUCUCUCAUCGAGAGCAAGACAGAGUCACCCAGGGGUGAGCCGCCAGCCCAGAGCCCUCUGACAGAGCACUGAAGAGCAGAGAAGAGUCUACCUGAGAUCAUGAAGGCUGAGAAACCCAACUUUCCUCAGGGAAGCCCUGCAGCCAGAGCGAGCGGCACAUUACUGAGUGUGUGAAAACCCAGGCAGGGGCGCGGGCUCACAGGGGUGCUUGCUUCUCUGUGUGGCUGAGGCACUCAGGUCCGUACACUGCUCUUCCGAGUCUUAGAAGAAAUAAAUUAUUUGAAAAGACAUUAUUUCAGGAAAGUCAGUGGGACAUUAUGGCAAAAACGUUGGACUUCCUUUAGAAAUAUCAGAAAACACUAACAAGUUUGCCAUGGAUGUAAUUUGCAGCCAGUGGGUUGUUAAACAGGAAAGAGCAAAACGUCAACUUGGUGUCCUGGGAUUUAUGACAUUCUUUUCACUAUGGACUUUCUCUUUACUGGAAUAGUCUAUGGCUUUUACGGAACUGAGACCACAUAAGCCCCAAGUGAGAUGGUCAGGCAGUGUCCUCUGCCCUUUCAUUUCGGUAGAUGUUUGGCAUAGUGGAGAAACUCGUAGCUACAUGUAUGAACCACAGCAAAGUGCCCUUUGGCUUCAAAUGAUUCCCAGCGAAACCCCUGCUCAGCUCAUUCAAAAUCAUGCAGUUGCAUGUCCACAGAUGCUCUGAGUCUCUUCAGGCUGCAUUGUGCACACCCUGCCUGAGGCUGCAUUAAUGCAGGGUGCAUUCUUCAGCUGCCUGGUCCGGAGGGGAGGAGGCUCUUGUGGAGAUGGGGUUUUUGUGGAGUCCUGUGAAAAUGUGUACUUUAUAACAGGAUCUAGCCUCAGACAUAAUACAUUUCCCCCUCAUUCUUCCUUUGUUUUACUAUAUUAGUUAGUGCACUUUGAAGACAGUUCAAUGGCCGUCCUAUACUCUUAAGGCUCCUUUGCAGUUUUCAACAGUUAAAGGCUAUUUUGAUAUCCAGGCUUUUUAAAAAUGUUUGUUAACUUUGUGGUUUCUAGUGGCUCUGGUAACUUGAGAGCCCUGCCCUUCAUCUUUGAACACCUUUACAAUAAAACAUAAUUAUACUUA